CUUCCGCCAUCGUCUGGAGAGUCACUCCGCCCCAAGUGAGGACUACUCAGGCGAGGCUCAGCAUGCAAAGUCAGACCGCCAGCCGCUGCCAGGACACGGGCUUGUGUUGUUGAUACAGUAAAAGCCACCUUUGGUCUUGAAUACACACAGUGUUCCCUGGCCGCCACCGUCCUCCUUUCUCCAGAGGCCGACGCAGCUUCCACAGGUUAACCAGCUGUGCAGGCUGUUGUCCUGCGUCCUAAAAGGUCCAAUAGAGACUCAGGAGCACCUGAUUUAUAUCUGCUGCGGCAACAGUCGAGUCGGUGAGGGAUGACAGCCAGCACAGUAAACUACCUGUGGUCCAUGCAGGAUGUCCUGGGGCAGGGUGCCACAGCCAGCGUCUACAAGGCGCGCCAUAAGAGGACAGGUGAGCAGGUGGCAGUGAAGGUGUUUAACAUGGUGAGCUACAGCCGUCCGCAGGAGGUCCAGAUGAGGGAGUUUGAGAUGCUGAGGAGGCUCAAUCACAGCAGCAUUGUCAGGCUGUACGCUGUGGAGGAGAUGUCCUCCAAACAGAAGGUGUUGGUGAUGGAAUAUUGUUCUGGAGGAAGUCUGCUCAGCCUGCUGGAGGAGCCAGAAAACGCCUUUGGUCUUCCUGAGACCGAGUUUCUCAUUGUGCUCCAGUGUGUAGUGCAGGGUAUGAACCACCUGCGUGAGAACGGCGUGGUGCACCGGGACAUUAAGCCCGGCAACAUCAUGCGGCAGGUUGGAGAAGAUGGCAAAUCUGUUUAUAAGCUGACUGACUUUGGAGCGGCAAGAAAGCUGGAGGAUGAUGAGAAAUUUCUCUCUAUCUACGGAACUGAAGAAUAUCUGCACCCAGAUAUGUAUGAGCGUGCAGUGCUGCGUAAGCCCCAGCAGAAGGCCUAUGGUGUGAGUGUGGACCUAUGGAGUAUCGGUGUGACAUUUUACCACGCUGCCACUGGUAGCCUGCCCUUCACGCCCUUUGGAGGACCCCGCAGGAACAAGCCCAUCAUGUACAAAAUAACUACAGAGAAACCUACGGGUGCGAUAGCUGGAAUACAGAGGUCAGCGGACGGACCCAUAGAGUGGAGCUACCACCUGCCCCUCAGCUGCCAACUGUCCCAGGGUCUGAAGGUGCAGCUGGUCCCGGUGUUAGCGGGAAUACUGGAGGCUGACCAGGAGAGAUGUUGGGCUUUUGAUCAGUUCUUCACAGCCACCACAGACAUACUGCAGCGAGACACUGUGCACCUCUUCUCCCUGCAACAGGCCAUGGCACACUGCAUCUACAUAUACCACUAUAACACGGUGUCAGUGUUCUUUGAGGAGGUGGCGUCUCAGACUGGAGUUGCAGUCCAGCAACAACAUUUGCUCUACCUGGGUCAUGAACUUCCUCUGGAGGGCAACAUGAAGGUGGUCAACCUUCCUCGCACCUCAUCCUCCCAGCCUCUCCUGCUACUCAGCCACAUACAUGAGACUAGCAGCAGCCUCCCAUUCAGAGAACCAGAGACUCCUGUCAUCCCGUCCAGGUUUGACAUCAUAGCAGACUACAAUUUUUCCAAGGUAAUAGUAGGAGUGGUGCACCAGUAUCUAAGGAUAGUGCACUUGCUGCACACACACCGAGAACUGCUGCUUCAGGGAUACUACAGCCACAUGAUGAAGUUGCGUAAGGAGUGUGGAGAAGCCAUGCUCAGUAUCAGAAUGGUCACCAUUAGACUGCAGGCCUGCCUUAGCUCAGCACAUAGGCUGAACACACUAGGCCAAUACACUCCAGAAAUCCCAGGCUCAUCCGAUAACAACCAGAGGCUGCGGCUGAUCCGUGAGCACCUGCCUGUGUAUGCCUCUGGGAUCCAAGAGUUUCAGACUCGGCUGGACCAACUGCACAUAGAGCAGGCCAAACUGGCGGAGGCACUCGCUGAUGACAAGAGCCGCCAGAAGAUGGAGGUGCUGCUGGAGAAGAUAACGGCAAUUCACCAGCAGUACCGCAAGGACAGACUCACUGGCAAGCUGCCAUACAAUGAUGAGCAAAUCCAUAAGUUUGAAAAGAUCCAUCUGUUGUCCCAUAUUAAGCGAGUGAAGGCUCUGUUCAGAGAAGACUGCGUGCAGAAAUACAAAGAUGUUCUAGCGUCAACGUGGACAUGGAACAGUGUCCUGCUGGAGAUGCAGAACCGACUAGAGGACUUCAGUUCCUUCUCCAGAGGCCUGCUGGCAGACCUGGAGCUGUGUGAGCAGCAGCAGAAUAAGGCUUUGGACAGAAUCCUGCUUACUGUGCAGUCCAAGAGAACUGGACAAGAGCCUGAAAACAUACCACUGGACAAGGACCAGAUCGUCUCCAGGAUGUACCAUCUGAAGGAGGAAAUGGAAAUUUUGGUGAAGGAGCUACAGUGUAACAACAACAUUAUAGAGAGUUUGGGAACAGUGAACUCUGCAGCAGCUCUGGAGCCGACUCUGGCCAGACACUCUGCGCUGUGACCAAAGUGCAGCAUCUUGGCAUUUUAUCGCUCACAGAGACAAACAUCACACACACACACAUGUCCAGAAGAAUGCAAAUGGAGCAACUGAAGACGAUCAAUACAAUGUGAUUCACAAUUCAGAGAUAAGAUGUAAAGAAUGGGGAAGGAGGAAGUGCUUUGGGAUGAAAGUGUAGUCAGUGAGAGACAAUGUAAUGGCAGCGGCGACUCCAUACAGCAGUUCAAUACAAACCUCAUCAGUGCCUUUAGUGUUAUUGUAUUUCUGAUAGGCUGCCAUAAUGAUGGACUGUUAUGGUAAUGCAAAACGAAACCUAAGUCAGCUGCUAAGGCAUUCUGCUGCGGCUUCACUUCUUCUUUGACCCAUGAAAGCAGCUCUGCAGAAUCUGAAGAACCUUUAAUGAUAAAUCGACAAGGUUAAUAUUGACUCCGCCAUGCUGAAUAGGUCACUGUCUUUGUGUCUGCAUGUGUACUUGUUGGGGGGGAAGUGUUGAAAUAGUCUAAUCUGUCUUUUUAUAGUAUUUGAUCAUUUAAAUGGAUUCACAUGACUUCAUUUCUGGUAGUACUUUAUACAUGUCACUGUAAGUUAUUUGAAUGAAUGGUUGAUUAAAUUGCCGAUUGUCAGCAUCUCCAAACACCAGCGGUGACUGCAGCUUUGAAGUGGCAUUCAUCUCUUUUUCUGUUGAUGUUUGACUGGAGUUGAGUGGCUGAUUUCGCCCACCACACUAUUAUAAUUAUGUUACACUCGCAUGCAUUGUUUUCUCUCUGUGUCGUAUAACACAGCGGGAGGUUCACUCGAGCAGAGGGGAAAUGCCAUCAGAGAAGCUCAACACAGUGUCCCCUUUGAGACAGAACCACAUAUGGUCACUAUAUUACAGUCCAAAUCAGUACAGCAAAUUGACAGCAUGUGAAAUAAGAAAAGAGCUGUGGUCGACAACCUUGGUGUUGGGACACUCCAGUGGUUUGUCAGAGGAUUUUUGCAAGGGUCAUGAGGUGACUGUAGAAACAGGAAAAAAUCUGGAUUUUGAACAUACAGAAUACAUGCUUUCAUUCUUUCAGGCCCUUUUCUUGAAACAAUAAACACUGGCAGAAUCCAAACUCAUUCCAGUAACCAUGUAAGAUGAAAAGUGAAAGUAAGAUACCUUUAUAUGGUGCCAAAUUUUACCACUCUUCGAGUUCAAAAGUUUUGUUUUGAUGGCGCAAAUGUCAAAAACGUUGAAAAUGACAGCAUUUGCAUAUGGUGACAGCACACUAUCAUAUUGAGUCUAUCCUAAGAUGAACUUAACAUUUCAUUUAGUGUACGUAGGCAUAACUUGUGGGAUGAUGACUGGUUUCACACAAAAAGGGAAACAAGUGAGCUGUUGUGACACUGCAAAGUAAACAGGGUGAGAAAUUGAGCUUGCUGUACAAGUUGUGUGGGUGGCUUCAGGGGGUUUCUCUGAUCUGCUAGGGGUAACAGGCGU